AUGGACUAUGGAUUUGACGGACAAAUGAAUGGCAAGACAAUCUCUCAGGCGACAGGCGGUGCUGUACAAUGGAGCUGGUGGUCUCCUUUGUACAAAGCGUUUCUGGGUACCGGCCAGGGCUGUGUCCACAACAGCCAGGAAGCAACAUUAGAGUUCACAGUCGUCACCGACACACAGAAAGUCUACACGAUUACCAUGUGUCCAUAUAGCUUCACUCGAGCUAAAAGAAAAGAUUCCCUUAGUGCUUGGCGCUCUAAGGAGAAGAUCAUAACCGACGGAACACCACUAGGGGCAGCUCUUUCAACAUCCGGUACGCUGAUGCAUGAGCUAGCACACUUGGUCACUAAACGGGUUAUCACCGAUGAGACGGUCAGCAGUAAUGGGCAAAAAGCUUACUUUCCUUCAAAUGUGGCUAAACUUGCCGAGGAAUCAACAGCCAAAGCUGUCAAGAAUGCUGAUAGCUAUACCUGGUUUGCCACUGCUAUGUAUCUUGAUCAAUGUGACUGGUCACGACAGAUCUGCGCUCAGAGCACCAGCACAUCAACUGUCGCUAAGCGAUCGAACAAUCAAACCAUCACCAAUAUGCCACUGAUGCGAAGAUCAAACCGACGGACGUUUCUCCCUCGUCUAAUAACUGGUCUGCAGGAUGAUCUGGAGUAA